UUUAAGUACUAAGAGAUCACGGUGAAGAGAUAAAUACUAAUAAUAAACUGGUAAAUUUUAACUAUGUAAUUUUCAAAAGAGGAAUUUAAAUGGAAAUUUUAACUAUCUUAUGAGUUUAAAAUAAUUUCAUAAAAAUUCAACAUAGAAAAACCAUUGUUGAUUGAAAAAACUCAUUUAUUGUAAUGAUAUAAACUAUUAGUAACAUAAAAUUAAACUGCAUUUAUUUAACUUCUGUUAUUUUCAGGAAUUUUUGAUGGAAGUAUCUGUGUAAAGUGUUUUUCUUAGACUACAAGCAAGAGGUAAUAACAAAUAAACCAUGGGUAAUUCAGAAAGCAAUGUCGCAAGUGGUGUCAAGAAACAGGCGGACACCUCAAAUGUCCAGAUGUACAAGUUGGUGGAUCUCAAGGGUGGAGGACUGCUCGUGGAAUUGAUGAAGAGGGCAGCCCAGAACAAACAGUAUGCGGAACUGGACCAUGCAAUAAAAACUAAAGUUGAACCAUUCUUGUAUAAUAAAGGCAAAGGGAAGUGGAUUCCAGUGGGGCAAUUAGUACUGAUGCGGAAUGUUGAUCGCCCAAGACAUAAAAUGCUUCCAAUAAUAAGAAAUAUGGAAGAAGGAGCCUUUGACAUUAAUAAGAACUAUUUAAAUAUUCCUGAACCCAAGGAAGGAGAAAAAGUUGACAAGAACAAGUUCCGAGAGGUGUGCUGGGAUCUGAAUGAACGAGGAGCAGUGGGCGAGACAGUCCUGCAUUUGUGUUUGCUCAGCGCCACCUCUGUACAUGCUGACCUGGCCAAACGAUUGCUGCGGUUCUACCCUAAACUAAUAAACGAUAUCUACAUGUGUGACGAAUACUAUGGUGAAAACGUUUUGCAUAUUGCCAUUGUAAAUGAAGAUCCAGCGAUGGUGAAGUUCUUGCUUGAUAAUGGAGUAGAUUUUCAAGAACGAUGCUUCGGAAACUUCAUGUGUCCUGAAGAUCAAAAGUUCUCACGCAGUGAUUCCUUGGAUCACGAAUGGGUCAAUCUUACACCGUUCACAAACUAUGAAGGGUAUGUCUACUGGGGAGAGUAUCCCUUGAGCUUUGCAGCCUGUCGUAGUCAAGAAGAGUGUUACAGGCUGAUACUGGCCAGGGGUGCCAACCCAGACAGUCAAGACACCAAUGGGAACACAGUCCUCCAUAUGCUUGUCAUCUAUGAAAAAUUGCAAAUAUUUGACAUGGCUUAUGAAACAGGAUCUAACGUAUCUAUUUUAAAUGUUCAGAACCUAACACCACUUACUUUAGCAGCAAAAUUGGCACGAAUAGAAAUGUUUUUCCAUAUCCUUAACAUUGAACGAGAGAUUUACUGGCAAAUAGGUAGUAUAACUUGUGCUGCAUACCCCCUUUCCCAGAUAGACACAAUAGAUAACGAGACAGGCAACAUUAGUAAAAACUCAGCCCUCAACCUGGUGGUAUUUGGAGAAAAAGAUGAACAUCUAGAGCUCAUGGAUGGUGUCCUUGUAGACUUGCUACAUGCAAAAUGGAAUGCAUUUGUUAAAUUUAGGUUUUACCGGCAGUUCAUUCUGUUUACCUGCUACUUCCUGGUGUCACUGGCAGUGUUCACGAUGAGACCAGGGCCACCGACAGCUGUCGUCAAAUCUGAGACCAACGCCACAACUCCGUACACUUCUAGCUCCUACUUCACCACCCUAGGCUACAACACCACCACCUCACCCCUCGAGGUCCUCAUGGCACUACAGUCUGCCGUUGAGCAAGUGUACAGUGAGAACAACACAUUAGAAAUGUUCCGUAACACACUUCCCACAAACUUCACCCCAUUCCUUGAGGAGCUCAAUAUAUCUUUCAGUGAACUACUACAGAGUGAAAACAUAGGGGAGAUCCUCAACAACAUAGCCUUGUCAGAAGAAACUUCUGAUAAAGAUACAAAAAAUAAAGACCUAAAAGUUAAAAAAUUGGCACAAGCAGAGACUGGCAAAUAUUAUGGAAUCUCUGCUUUAAAAAGUUAUAUAAAAGGCGAGAACAGCGAAAAUUUGAACUUCACCAAUCACAACCGGACAUUUAGUAAAUUAUUAGAGUUAUCAAAGGUGAUAGGCAAUGGGAGUAGAGGGAAUGAAAUACCAAGGGUGGAUUUCACAAAGAUAAAUCUUGUACUUCCAACAAUUUCUACAAAACCACAGCUAGGGCCAGCUGAGAGGAUCAAAGGGUGGUGGGAAGAAAUUGCAGGAGAUUGUCGACUCCUAGAGGCCAAUGAUGGACAUGACGUAACUCGUCUGCUGGCUGAAAUACUUCUAGAAAUAGGAGCAUUUCUCUAUAUUCUCGCAGCACUCCGAGAAGCUAGAUUUCUGGGCCUCAACAUGUUCAUUGAAAAUUUAAUGACUGCUCCAUCUCGAGUAAUGUUCUUGAUCUCAUGCAGCCUCAUGAUGGUUAUGCCUUUUCUGAGAUUUGGCUGCUACGAGGAGAUCGAAGAUGUUGUAGCAGUCAUCAUUAUGCUUACUACUGCUCCAUACUUUUUGUUCUUCUGCAGAGGUUUCAAGACUGUGGGUCCCUUCGUAGUUAUGAUUUACCGCAUGAUCAUGGGAGAUUUGUUGAGGUUCGCCACCAUCUACCUUGUCUUCGUUAUGGGAUUUUCACAAGCAUACUACAUAAUCUUCCUGUCAUUCGACAACCCACUAACACCAGAUGGAGUGGACGACUCGGUUUCCAAUCCACUUCCCAACCCCAUGGAAGCUGUCAUGGGGAUGUUCUUCAUCUCUCUCACCAACUUUGGAGAUUACUAUGCAGCAUUUGAGCGAACUGAACAUGAGGUAGAAGCUAAGGUAAUGUUUGUGGUGUACAUGGGAAUUGUUGCUAUUUUGCUGGUGAACAUGUUGAUCGCUAUGAUGGGUAACACUUACCAGAAGAUUGCAGAGACACGCAAUGAGUGGCAACGACAAUGGGCACGAAUAGUGCUUGUCGUGGAGAGAGGGGUAAGUCCAUCCGAGCGACUCAACAAGCUAAUGUGGUAUUCCCAGCCCAUGUCUGAUGGCCGCAGGGCUCUAGUUCUCAGGCUUAACCAAUCGGAGGAGGAUAAAGAGGAGAUGAAAGAAAUCAUGGAAAUGAAGAGAAUCCAUUUGAAGAAUGUAGAAAAAAGAAAAAGGGGCAGAAAGCUUCUUGAUACUCCAAGUCCAAAGAGAAUUGGUUUUACUUCUCCAAAAAAAUAGAUUAUAAGUGUUCUGUUUUGAUUUGAUUUUAGCUUUAUACAUUGUUAAGUACAUUACCGUUGAAAAAACAUUUUUAUACACUGUUAAAUAAAUAAA